GCGCGCUCCCUCGGCUCCGGGACCCGGGGCGGUGGUGCCGGUGCGGGGCGGCCACGCGCGGGCCGUCUCCAUGGCAGCCGAGGCCACGUGGUGAGGGCCCACCCACCCGGCUCGCAGCUCCCGCCGCUGCCCGCCGCUGCCCGCCGCUGCCCCGCAGGCUGGUUGCACCGCGAGACGCUGCCCCCGACGGGGCGCCCGCCUCCGCGGCCCGGCGAGCACCCUGGAAGGACUGCCAGGUGAUAAUGAAGGUUCUUUUACUGAAAGACCCUAAAGAGGAUGACUGUGGCCAAGAUCCAUACAUCAGGGAAUUAGGAUUAUAUGGAUUUGAAGCCACUCUGAUCCCUGUUUUAUCAUUUGAGUUUUUGUCUCUUCCCAGUUUUUCUGAGAAGCUGUCUCAUCCUGAAGGCUAUGGGGGACUCAUUUUUACCAGCCCCAGAGCAGUGGAAGCAGUGGAGCUGUGUUUGGAGAAAGACAAUAAAACUGAAGUCUGGAAGCAUUCUCUGAAAGAAAAAUGGAACGCUAAGACAGUGUAUGUGGUUGGAAAUGCUACUGCUUCUCUAGUGAAUAAAAUCGGUCUAGAUGCAGAAGGAGCAAACUGUGGAAAUGCAGAAAAGCUUGCAGAAUACAUUUGUUCCCGGGAGUCACCAGCAUUGCCUCUUCUGUUUCCCUGUGGAACCGUCAAAGGAGAAAUCCUGCCCCAAAUGCUCAAGGACAGAGGGAUUCCCAUGGAAAGCAUCACUGUCUAUCAGAAGGUUCCACACCCGGGAAUCCAAGUGAACCUCAACAGCUACUAUGCUAAGCAGGGCGUCCCGGCCAGCAUCACAUUUUUCAGUCCCUCUGGCCUUGCGUACAGCCUCAAGCAUAUUCAAGAGUUAUCUGGUGACAACAUUGAUCGAAUUAAGUUUGCCGCCAUCGGCCCCAGCACGGCCCGUGCACUGGCCGCCCAGGGCCUGCCUGUGAGCUGCAUGGCUGAGAGCCCCACGCCACAGGGCCUGGCCACGGGCCUCCGCCUGGCACUGGAGGCCCCGCGCUGCUGAGUCCCCGCUGGCAGCGGGAAGAAAACCAAAUAAACCACCCUGGCUCCUCA